CACAGAGAAAACAUUUUGUGCCACAGCUUUUUCGUUUUCUUUUCGUUACCGUCUACUCCGCCCGACAGUAUUAGUCAUAAUGCCUGGAAAUCAUUGGUACGAUAUACUAAAGAAAAUAGCCUGUGAAGGCUCUUCGGACAUUGACCAGCUGAAGGGGAUCUUUGAAAAGGAACUUUCAAAGAGAAAAUUCGACUCUAUUCGGAAUAUUGAAGAUCUAAUUGAUGUUCUGGAACGUGCGGAUAUGUUGAGCCUGGAUAAUGUCGAGCCCCUCCGCAAGAUGUCCUCCCAUAACCCGAAACUGAUUGAAGCCCUGGACAGGUACGGGACCCUCGUGUCGGCUCCUCGGGAACCCAUCAAUAUCUAUCAAGAAGAACGACUGGCUGAGGAGCUGCGGCAACACCUACGCAUUAGCCAGGCUUUCCAAAUAGUGUCGGCUCCAAGGGUAGCACCUCCAGCAUUCAUCCGUGCUGCUGCCCCUACGCCGCCACCGCCACAGCAGAACUACGUGACACCAGCUGCAUUUACGGAUCGCAAACGCACGGCUGUUUUUAAUAAGAUAUCUGAGGAACUGGGGCGAUUCUGGCGAAUAUUUGGACGGAAGGCGGGCAUUGGUGAGGGCACCAUGGACGACAUCGAAGAACGAUAUCCCCGUGAUCUCAAAUCUAGAAUUUUACAUCUGCUGAAGUUGAUUGAAGAGGACGACUGCCAUGACCCACGACAAUUCCUGAUGCGUCUCUGCCGAGCCCUGACGGAAUGUGGUCGGAACGACAUAAAAAGGAAGGUGGAGCAAAUAAUGUCCCACUAAUAGCGCUAGAUUGUAUGGUGAACUAACUAUAAAAUAGGGUUUUCCCCUUAGAUAGGCGUUGUAUACCUACAUAUAUGUACAUACAUAGCUGCGUGGCAGAAAACCAAAGGAAUCUAAGAGUAGUUACUUUAUAAUUUUAGUGAUCGUGCUGCACUACGCUUCAAGUGAGUUUCACUAAACGGGAAAAGCAUGCAGUAUGAGCGGAUACUUCCGAAUUUUAGUCGAUCUAGUGGUCGACUUUUGAAUGUAGUUUAAAAAAGACGAUCAAAUAUUUAUUAAAUUGGCAUUGUCACUUGUACCUCAUUCACUUUCGAUAGCUGUUUCUUGGUGUUAGCUCUCCUUUUUUUGGGAUUCGCUCUCUUUUCCGUGGUGGGAUAUCCUCUCUCGUCGAGGGAUUUUUCAUCAGAUCAAUUUGCCUGCAACAAACAUUCAUACCUUUAAAUUAUGUACUUUAAUUAAUGUACUUGGAUCGCAUAUGGUGAUGAUUGGAACUUCAUUUUCCAACAAUUGAAAAGGUAAACCCACCGGAAAUGUACUCGAUAACAAUAUUCAGGGACCUGGAGCAGAUUCAGAAUGUUGUUAGGCGAAAAUUGGACCUUGAAUGGUAUACCAUUCAAGCUGAACCACUUUAACAUUUUAAAAUUAUCAAUAAGUUACUUUUAAUAUGUAUUUGAUACACAUCAAUAUAAUAUAUCCAUAUA